GAUGACAAGGGAGGAUUGGAACGUUCAAACACUAUUCUAAGUGGAGGUAAAUGUCCAUUAUGUACAAGUCAAUUCACUGAAAGGAACCAUGCAGUACGAGACCAUCACCAUUUAAGUGGCAAGUUUAGAAACACUGUAUGUAAUUCAUGUAACUUAAGAAUGCAGACACCAAAAUUUGUACCUGUUUUCGCUCAUAAUAUGAAUUAUGAUAAAAGUUUCAUUAUUGGCGAGUUGGGUUUUGACGCACAUACACUGUCCGUGGUACCAAAUAGUGAAGAAAAGUUUAUAUUUUUUUCAAAGUACAUUUCAAACAAAUUUUCUGUACGUUUUCUAGACACCUUUAAAUUUAUGUCGUCAAGUUUAGAUGCGCUUAGUGCAAAUUUAGCUCGUUCAGACAAGACUAAAUUCAAAUCUGUAAUGUCUGCAUAUCAGAGCAGAGAUUUAGAUUUAGUUUUUAGAAAAGGUGUGUUUUGCUAUGAAUACAUGAAUAGUUGGGAAAAAUUGGAAGAACGUUCUUUACCACCUAUUGAAGAAUUUUACAGUUCACUUACAGAAAAACAUAUUUUACCAGAAGAUUAUGCACACGCUCAAAAUGUUUGGCAGCGGUUUAACCACCAAACUUUAAAGGAUUACGUUAUUUGGUACAAUGAGUUGGAUGUACACCUUCUUUGUGAUGUAUUUGAAGCUUUCAGAGACCUGUGUUUAUCAACCUAUGGACUAGACCCCUGUUUUUACUAUACCGCUCCGGGUUUAUCAUUUGACGCCAUGCUGAAAAUAACUAAAGUCGAGCUUGAACUUUUAACGGACUAUGAUAUGCUUCUGUUCAUAGAAAACGGAAUAAGAGGUGGUAUCACUCAAGCUGUAAAAAGGUAUGCCAAAGCAAACAAUAAAUUUACGACUGGUUAUGAUGCGAGUGAACCGUCAAGCUGGCUGAUAUAUUUAGAUGCUACUAAUUUGUACGGAUGGGGUAUGAGUCAAGCUCUUCCCCGAAAAAACUUUAGGUGGUAUGAAAAGGACAUAUCUGUAAGUGCUGUGACCAGUCUGCUAAAAAGGACCGGAUCGAACUCAAACACCGGCUAUAUUAUGGAGGUGGACGUUGAUUAUCCUCAGACUUUACACGAUGCACAUUCUGACCUACCUUACUUGUGUGAAAGGUUUAUGCCACCAGGGGCAAAAAUUUCUAAACUUUGUACUACUUUAAUUAAUAAAAAAAAUUAUACUGUACACUAUACUGUUUUGAAACAGGCUAUGGACGCUGGGUUGAAACUGAAAAAUGUACACAGAGUAUUACAGUUUGAACAGAGCGCAUGGCUAUCAAAAUACAUUAAAGUCAACACGGAGAAAAGAAAGUUGGCUACUAAUGAUUUUUUUAAAUUAAUGAAUAACGCCGUAUUUGGAAAAACCAUGGAGUCAUGCAGAAAUAGAAUGAAAAUAAACGUGUUAGAAAUAUCAAAAACAUUGAUGUAUGAUUUUCAUUACAACACCAUGAGAAAAAUGUAUAAUGGACACAUCGAGCUUUGUUAUAUGGACACAGAUUCACUCAUUUAUUUCAUACAUACAGAAGAUUUUUACGAUGAUGUAUUAAAGAAACCUGGCUUUUUAGAAAAAUUAGAUACCUCAAACCUAGAUCCUAAUCAUAAAUGUUAUCGAACAGAACGCGCUAAAUUACCAGGGACCUUUACAGACGAAGCCCUUGGAAAAAUCAUAGCUGAACUUAUUGCUCUCAGGUCAAAAUCAUAUGGAUACGAAAUGGACGGUAAAGAGAAAAUCAAGGCCAAAGGGGUGUCUAAGAUUGUAGUUAGUAAUCAUGUCACGUUAAUGGAUCAUAAACAAUGUCUUUUCAAGGGGUUGUCUACCCCACACAUUCAAGAAGUAGACGAUAAUUACUCUGCUGAGCGGGAGAUGAUAUCAUUCAGGUCAAUCAAACAUAAAAUGAAAACGAUUAAGACUAGAAAACUUGCACUAAACCGUUAUGAUGAUAAGAGGAUAGUAUUGCCGAAUCAGAUAGAUACUCUACCUCAUGGUCAUUACAAAGUCGAGAAACUGAUUGAAGAAGGAAAACUGUAAUCAUAUCAACAAAAUAUGGAAAAUAUAAUGAGUUAAAAUUGCUAUGAUGACACUCUAUUGAAUUUUUAUUUAAUAGGAUAUUGAACGAGGAAAAAAAUCUAUAGUCACAAAAACGAUAAAUGAUAAGAGGAUAGUUGGUACAGAGUAAAAUGAAUCGGAUUGAAGAAGGAAAUCAAUAAUUUUAUUCAAUUAUUUAUUAUUAUUAAUAUUAUUAUAUAUUUUUUUUUUUUCAAUUCUGAGUAAUAUUGUUCACAAAAUUAUUUUCGAAACAUUAUUGAAUUAAAAGAAUUGUUUUUUUUUUUUUGUUUUUACUAUUAUUAUUAUUAUUGUUAUAACUAUACUAGAGUAAAACUGCUA